GACGUCUUCUUCCCUCCUACUUUCCGCUUUAUGCGCCCUCUAAGCCUCCAUAGCUCUGCGCUCAACGAUGAAGAGUACUCUGUUUUCACCGAGAACCUGGCCUCGCUCCUGGACACCGAUGCCGACAAUGCGGAAUCUCAGACAAUGACCCUCCGUGAGGUCCGUGCGUGGAUGCGCGGGCGCUACCCUAGAUUACCGGCGGCCACUAUCGAUAUGAUUCUUGCGUUAUUCCCCUCAAAGGAUACUCUCAGUGGAGGCGAAUUUUUUGCGGCUCAGCGCCUCGUGUCGCAUGUAGAGGCAGGGAAGGGGAUAGACCGUGCUCUUGCAUUCGUGCAAGUGCAUCCCGGCUCCACAUCAACGACUGUCCCACCCUCGGCUCCCGCAGUAACGGUUCCGCAGCCAAAGGAUAGCAUUGAUUCCAGCUCUGCGACCUCCGAGCAGCGACGCAAUCCAUUCAUACCGCCCACCUCAACGCUCACAAGAUCGAAAACCGCUCCCACUUCAUCUCGUGCCCCGAUAUUACCUCCGCGGAGAGCCCCUGCGCCUCCCGUCGCGCCUUCUCCACCCCCUCGGCACCCUCCUCUGCCGCCGUUACCCCCACGGUCAAACAGUCCGCAAAAACCUGCACAUGUCACAUCGACAUUGAUGAAGCAGAGCCUGCAGGCGUCGAAAGCGGGCCAAUGGAUGAAGCAGGGACAGGCCCGACUCGAACAGGAGCGGGUUCUCCAAGUUCUGCGCAGCACAACAUCAACGCCCCGUCAAAACGUGUCCUCUGUCGACGAUGACACAACAUCGUCUUCAUCGGACGGCAGCCGCAGCCGGGGCAAAGCUCGGUCCAUCCCUGCGAGUGUGAGCUCACUAGAGCAGGUCGCACUCGCCUCUCCGUCUCCUGCGCUCCAGCGAGCGUUCGACGACGCAUACGCCGACCCCGUCCUCCCCCCACCCACCCAUCCUGAUCGCAAACCGAGUGCUUCGCUGUCUUCGAGAGCGUCAGCGUCUUCCCGGGCGUCAGCGUCCUCGAGUACGUCAUCUCGCUUACGCUCGUCUCCCGAACGACCAGAAAAGCCUCGCCCCCCUCCGAAGCCCGCAUCCAUAUCAUUAUCCCAUUCGCAGUCCCAUCCCGGGAUGCGGCUGACACGGUCAAAUUCGCUGCGACCCUCGCCUCCACCGCCGGUGCCGAGACCCGGACGCGUGCGCCCGGAGAGCGUCCACGCACUCCUGAACGGGAUCGGCACGCUGCGGCUGGCGGAAUCGCCGUUUGGGGACCCUGUGAAAACGGGGCGAGGGGAAGAGCGUGAGGGACUGGUAUCCCGGCACGGCGCAGAAUCCGAUUCGUCCGAUUCUGACGACGAGCAUGACGCGUGGCGACGUCCGCUUGAUUCUGAUCUCACACCACAGGCGAAAGAGGUCUUGGAGCGCGACUCGCUGAAGUGGCCGGUCGAUGUCCAAAGGGAGGGCUGGCGUCCAUUGUGAUCCGAUACUCUUACCUACCGAUUACCAUCAAUGUAUUCGCUAUUUUCUCCAGACUGCAGUGCAUAUGAUUUGUCAAGUGCAUUGAGUGUUCAGAUGAUGUGCGUAAAAAUGCAAUUUGAC